CAAUUCACCGCAAGCUCUCCAACGGAACAAAACGCCCCUGGUCAAAAAUGAUUUCUACCUAUUCGAACAUCCACCGCGGCUUUCUGCAAGCCUGCUCCCUUCACGGAACCAUGACGGUGAAGGACGCCGCCAAGAUUAUGGUCCACCUGUUUGGCCAAAAUCAACCAAACGACCCGAUUCCGGACGAACAGCGCCUGCAGGAGCUGAUCGACCAGAUCAACCCGAAGCUGAGCCGGUUCCAGCAGAAGAUCGUCCUGCUGGAAUCGGACCCGAAACAACCGAAUUACGUCGUGUUCGCCAAUCUGUCCGAUUCGCCGCUGGACCGGUUCCAGACGGCCUACCCAGCCGGCGAGCUGAGCUUCUUCCGGGUGGUGCUGCACGAACUGGCCACGACCGAGGGCCACAAGCUGGAGCAGAUCGAGUGGCUCAACCUGACGACGAAAAUCGAGGAAGGCCGCAGCCUGACCAAGAGCCGGGCCGAAGAGCUGCUGUCGGAGUGGGUCGGCGCCGGAUAUUUGGUGCUGGAUGAGGACGGCAUCGGGUUCGGGCCGAAGACGCAGGUCGAGUUUGAUCGGUACCUGCUGAAUAACUUCCCGGACCAGGUCGAGCAGUGCCGGCUGUGCAAGGAAGUGCUGUUUUACGGAAUCAAGUGCGCAAAGUGUUCGGUUUCGAUGCACAAGACCUGCGCCAAGAAGUACUUCAAGAAGGUCAAGAACUGUCCGGCCUGCAAGAAGGCGUGGACUGUUGCUUUGGACUGAGUCCUUUCGAUUUUGCAUUAUUUAACUUAACCUAGAAACAUGUAAAGGUUUAAAAACUGACUUUAUUUCCUUCUAAAAUUUUGUUAUAACAUUGAAUUUAUAACUUUCAAAUAAAAAAUAACCAUUCGGUUGAAAAAAAAAAACAAUCCCACAAAAACAAAUCACGCAGAAGCGUUCAAUUACCGUUCCGUAAUUAUCCAACUCCAAACGUCCAAGCAAUUUCAUGCCUCUCAAUCGUCGCCGGAACAAUUUGGCGGUGAAUUUCCUCCGCCGCGCACUUCCUCCUCAACGCGGCUCAUUCUUUUCGUUGUGGGAAUUUUGAUGUUUUUUUUUUUCGC